AAAAGGAGCUGCCAACUUCACCUGAGACACAACUAAACACAAUAUCGAUCUCUCGAUCUCUGAUUCAUGAUGGCAAAAAUUCUUCUGCUGAUGCUCUUUUCAGUCGUCAUGGCAGGUGCAGUCUCUAAUCAUGGGCCUGGUAUAAAACCUGACUGCACAAUCUUUUCCCCAAAAAUUUGCACAAGGGAAUAUGAGCCUGUGUGUGGCAGUGAUCAAGUCACAUAUGGCAAUAUAUGCAUGCUGUGUGGCGAAAUAAGGGAAACAGGAGUUGACAUAAGAAUCAUCAAAAUUGGUGAAUGCAAUAAGAAACCAAGAGGCUAACAUUCAAAUCCUAUAAUAAAUAAAUGAUCAUUGUAUGUUUGUUCUGGG